AUGGAAGGAAAUAUUAGAAGCAGUAGAUUGGUUGCUUCUAUUUGGAAGUCAUUUACUAGAAAUUUACAUUAUAAACCAUUACCACCAAAUAAAUAUCCUAAAGUUAAUGUUAAUGAUGUUGAUUUAAAUCCACCAAGAUAUGGGUUCAGAAGAAUUAGACCACCAAUUAUAGCACAAUCACCAACUAAAACGUUAUUUCCCAGUGUUGAAAUAGCCAAAAAAUAUAUUGAAGAAGGGAAAAGAGUACCUAAUAGAUUUAUGGAUCAAUUUGGUUCUGAUCAUGCCCGUAAAGAAUUUGAAGAAUUUCAAGAGAAAUUAGCAUUAGAAGAACCACAUUUUAAAAUUGGUGGUAAACAAAUUUAUUUCCCUCAGGGGAGAAUUUGUUUAUUAAGAUCUAAUGCUAAACAUACUCCAUAUCAAGCAAAAUUUUUGGUUCCUAAAAGUAUGAAUAAAAUGGAUUUAAGAGAUUAUUUAUGGCAUAUAUAUGGAUUAAGAGCAUUGAAUAUUACGGUUCAAUUACAACCAGCAAGAUGGAAAAGAAGUCCUUAUGGUCUUGGACGUUAUAGAUCUCCUCAAUUAAAGAAAAUGACGGUUGAUAUGAUGGAACCAUUUAUUUGGCCAGAAGUUCCUCAAGAAAAACUUGAUCUUCUCAAGAUUCAAAAAGAUAAUAGUUUGAAAACAGUUCAACAAAAUACUGCUGUUGGUUCUGAUAAAUUUAAACCUUUGGAUGUUUAUGAUGGAAUGUAUAAAGAAAAAGUCCAACCACAAAGACUUGUUUCAGAAAAAUUCAAACGUAAAGCUGAGAAGAAUAUUAAAUUAUAUAAUAAAAUUGUACAAUCUAGACUGGAUAGAAAACUGCUUGAAAAGUAUUUGGGAUUAUAA